UACAUUUAACACUUAGUUUUGAUUAAAUUACCCGGCAGAAUGAGCAAGAAGGCAACGCGCGGCAGCAAACCGAAACCGGAACCGGAUGCGGAGGGAUCUGGCAAGAAGACAACGGCCGCUUCGCUGAAGAAGGUGAUGUUUCUGUCGCAGGAACUGCUGCCCAAGGAUGCGGACGAAGGGCGCCUCCGGCUGGAGCGCUUCUUUCACCCUGGCCAAGGGAAGGAGGCGCUGUUCGUCACCCAUCCCGAUGGCCAGAUGAUGGAGCUGCUGGAGUACGCGGAGCCGCGUCGCAGUUGGCUGGUGAAUAGCGAGGUCUGCUCGAAUGGCAGGAUCUACAUGACCACGCCCGUGGAUCCCACGCUCCUGGCCCUCCAUCACCUGCGGAAGCACUGUGCUCAGCGCGCAAUGUCGCUGGACAACAUUGCGGUGGAGGAGGCCAGCACCAGCCGCCUGCUCAACGAGAUCCUCGCGCCAGAGAGCCUGAAGUGUGUGGCGGAUGUGAAGAGCUCCGGCGACCAGCGGUUCUACAAGUACAACCAGGAGCGAACGCUGGCCUGGCUGGCGCUCAAGGCGCGCCAGGUGGCGGGCGUCCUGAAGGAGAAGCAGAUCCACUGCGGGCACAGUGCCCAGUCGCAGAACUUCGUGCGCAGCGAGAAGGUGGCGGCGGAAAGUGUCAGCCACGAAAUGGACUACACACGCAUGGCCUGCGACAUUGUGGGCCGCUACUUGGAUGCGGAUCUGCAUGGCCUGCUCACCGCCUACCUGCACAUUCCCAGCGAGAUUCAGGCGAUGGUCGAGGAGAAGGCCGCCGCCCAGAAGCGGAAAUCGAAGGCGGGCCAGGACGAGGGCAGCGACUCCAAGAAGAUCAAGCUCAACGAGAGCGAUGCCGCCGCGAAGCUUAAGAGCAGCGGCCUGGUGGACAGCGACAACGAUCCCAAUGCCAGCAUCACAUCGCCCACGUCGGCGGCUCCGCUCAAGGAACGCUCGCUGACCGCCAAGGAAAAGGCCCUGGCCAAGGGCGCCAAGGGCACCAAGAGCAUCGCAUCGUUCUUCAAAGUGAAGUAGAUUUAGGUUUCGGAUAAGUUAUUAAUAGGUUCAUG